CCCUCUGCCUUUGCAGUCAAGCUCGCUAACUCGGAGCGAGUCGACCGUCAUCGCCAUAUUGGCUUCGGGGAAGCUCCGGUGUGCAGUUUCGCUGUUUUUGUUUGUUUUGUUUUUUUUCCUCACCCCCACCCGCGAGCGGAUUUAAAGUGACAAGAAGCGGCUGCGAGUUGGCGGAGGCGACGCAAGAGCUCUCGCGGUUAUCGUUUGAAUGGCGUGAACGGACGUUUUAUUUUUAAAUUCUCCCCCAUCUUCAACCUACGUCGCGUUUUAUAUAUUUUUUUGGAUCUUACCCAGCGAAGAGUUGUUGUUUUUCCAUCCCGUGGGAGGGGGGGGGGUAAGGUGGACGCUCCCGGGUUGUGUUGGUGUGUUUUUCCUCGGUGGUGGUGGUGGAGGGGCGGGGGGGUGGAAUUAAAAACUACCCCAAAAAAAAAAUGUCCGAUGUUCGACUAUCCAGCGGGAGCCCGACGUUGGAGCGGAGCGAGCCGCGCUCGUCCGGGCACCCGAAGCCGUCGGCCUGCCGCAACCUCUUCGGCUCGGUGGACCACGACGAGCUCCGGCGGGAUUUAAUGGGACACCUGCGGGAUUUGGAGAAGGCCGCCGCCGCCAAGUGGAGCUUCGACUUCGCCUCGGACGACCCGCUGGAAAGCGACGGCGGCUUCCGCUGGGAGCCGGUGGACUGCGGAGAGGUGCCGGACUUUUACACGCGGCCGCCGCGGCCGGGGCGGGGGGCUACGGAGAACAACCGCGUGGAUGUAAACGGAAACCACCGCCGUGUCGUCGCGGAGCCCGGCGAGGACGAACGGGCCGGCGGGCCCGCGUCGUGCCCGGAGCAGUGCACCGCGUUGAGGAAGAGACCUGCCUGUCACGAGCCCUCAACCCAAAGUAAGAGGACGCACAGCAGUCCGGCCGAGUGUCCGAACCGGAGCCGUUCCGCCGAACACACGCCCAGAAAGAGCAGCGGAAGCCCGGCGAGGCAAACGUGAGACGGACGAGCUGAAGAAGCAUUUUCCUUGUUGGGGGGUGGGGGGGGGGGGGGGGGCUCCAGUGUUGGUCAACUAUUUUUUGUUUUUGUUUUUCUCUCGUUUUGGAAGAAGAGGAAGUACUCGCAUCAUGAGAAACAUAUCAGCUCUCCUCAAGGACGCUGUUGAAGCACUGAAUAAGAAAAACACUAAAAAAAAAAAAUAAAAAAAAAAAAACAAGUCGUGGCACUCAAAAUAAUUUUUUUUAAGUUACUGCCUCUGAAAAAGCAUUCGAUGUAGCAGUGUGCAAUUAGGUUUGAUUAUUAUUAUUUUUUUUUUAUUUGCUCCUUUUUGUACUACCUGUGUACAUAAAUUAUAUCUAUUUUUUUUCUCUCCAUAUGUAGCACAUAAAACGUUGUGAUUUGAAAACAAAUCCUUUACACUUAUAUAUAUUAUAUAUUACAAAACAAGGUGUGAAUUUUUGAAUUGACUUGAAGAAUUGCAGUGUAGUUUGAUUUUCCAAAAUGCUGUUUUUUUUUUUGUUUUUUUUUUUUUUUUUAGAAUUUACCGAAAGGGCAGUCUUGACUUUGAAACAAUGAGAAAAAUAAAUAAUGGAUACAAUUUUUUUAUAUAUAUAUAUAUAUAUCCCUACGUACAGCACAUGUAUGUAUUUCGCUUCAGUCUCUCGGCAGUGUCUCUUCACUCAUCAUCUUCCAAACUCGUCAGUGAAGAACGGUACAAAUGUAGCGACUAUUUUUUAUUUUAUUUUUUUCCCCUCCCAGGAUUGCAAAAUGUUCUUAUUUUAUUUUAUUUAAAUGGCCCUCAUGUUUGUGAUGGAGGAUUUAAACAAAAAAAAAAAAAAAAAACAAGUUUCUCGGAGUAUGUGUUUCCAUUUGUGUUCCUUGCACGCCUCAGCUUCUUUUCAAACGAUGCGAUGGAGUUGUGAGGUACUUUUUGAAGAAAAAAAACGGACCGAAAGGUCGUAGGUCGCGCGGUAAGGUCCUCCUCUUCGUCAACUCGCCUGCCUUAAUUGACCCGGUUUGAAUGUUCUUACAAGACCAAACUGAUGGCCGCCAAGUACUUUUUUUUUUUUUUUUUUUUGACUUCACAUAGUAUGACUUUGUGAUAACCUUGAACUAAAUCCACAUUUAUGUAUCUGUGUUUAGCCUGCUGAGGAUGCUCCUGUUGGCAUCUAAAAGCUUUUUUUUUUUUUUUUUUUUUUUUUUUUGAGCCUAAUGUUCUGACCCAGUGUCAAACUGGACCAGAUGGAGAAACAUCAGCUCGUCUGAGGAAUGCAGUCACCGUCUCCUGUGUACUUUUGUGUAAAUAUUUUUGCUUUGUACAUUGUUUUGUAAAAAAAAAAGCAAAAACAGCAACAAAAAAAAAUGUUAAAAAAAAAACACUGAGAAAUUAUACUAACUUAUUUAUGUUGAGCUUUUUUUGUAGGAUAUAAAAAAAUGGUUAUUUUUGAUUCACAUUUAUCCAAAGUGGCAUUUACUUUAUUGUAAUUCCAUUUAUUAUUUUUAAAAAAAGCAUAUUUGUUUUCUUUUUGUUUGCUUUUUGUCAACAAGGUUGCAAACUGAGCCCAAUAAAAUAUUUGAUGUGGAUAUUUUCUUUUUUUUUGUGGUAAUUUGUGGUUAUAAAAUGUUGCAAUCAAUUAAAAAGAUAAAAUUUAAUCUGAAU